AGGAUUUAUAAGAUUGGUUCGGACUUCGGACCUUACAUAUCAUUAUUUUUAGUUUAUUUUUGUUAAUCACGAAAAUAUUGAUUCUAUCUGUUUUCUAUUUUAAAUAAAAAAAACCUAAAGUAUGAUUAAAUAAAGCCUUUUAUCGAAAAUAUCACUAGGAAUUAUCAUAUUAUAAUAUAUAUUUUUUUGGUUAAGAUAAACAUUAAAAAUCAUCAAAUUCCUAAAGAGAAAAGGAUUAUCUUAAACGAGACUUCGGGUCUAUAUAAACAACAUAGUGCUCUCCCAACUUCUCACCAACACAAACUCAAAACUUCAUAAAAUCUCUUACAAAGUUGUAUUCUUUCUUUCUUAGCUGCUUAAUUCUUUCGUUUUCAAACAACAGUCGAUCAUGUCUUUGAUCAAAAGCAACGUUGUCUUUAUUUCUUUGCUGAUUCUUCUAGCACUUUGUGGAGUUUCCAUUGGAGGAACCGUUCACCAAGUUGGUGACUCUAGAUGGACGAUUAUGAGCGUCAAUUACGAGAGAUGGGCCUCUUCAAGAACUUUUCAUGUCGGAGACUCUUUGGUCUUCAAAUACAACAAAGAUUUUCACGACGUCACUGAAGUCACUCACAAUGAUUUCAAGCUGUGUGAACCGUCUAAACCGCUAACGAGAUACGAGACCGGAUCUGAUACCGUCAUUCUAACCAAACCAGGACUCCAACACUUCAUAUGCGGAUUUCCAAGUCACUGCGAUAUGGGACAAAAGCUUCAAAUCCAUGUAUUACCGGCCUCUUUGGGACAUGUCGCUGCUCCGGUUCCUGGACCCGUCCGAUCACUAAGCUCUUUGACGUCUCCUUCACCGUCUCGGUUGACUGAUUCACCGGUUAAUAAUGUUCCACAGUAUCAGAUGGGACCAUCACCAGCUCCACUUAGCGUAGCUUCAUACUCUAGUGUUUGGAUCGGACUCUGCUUCCUUCCUUUACUUUCUCUUUUCAUCUUAGUUUGAUAAAUUUACACACGUUUUGUGUUUUGCUUUUAGUUUGACUUCUUAGUUCUUAUGUUUGAGAGACUUUAAGUUGUAGAUUUUUUUUCCUUGAGUUGUUUUGUUUACUUAA